AUGUCGUAUCCUACACUGCUUCCAAUCGAUCCCCGCGUCAAGCGCAUAGUCGGCAAGAUGCUCCGCCCUGCGGGUUUUCCCCGAACCGGCGGGAACUUCUGUCAGCAGUUCCUCUGGAUCAACCACAUUCCAGUGGUAUGCUUCUAUCGCAAACAGCUGGGGGCUGUUUUUGAAUACUGCGUCAUGUUCAACAGGCCAAUCUGCUGGGCGUAUACCUCGGCGGCGUGGCAGCCCACGGACGCCGCCAGGGAGAAGGCCCUACAGCUCAUUGACGCGCUGGACCCGCCUGCGGAGCUCGGAGGAUGGCGUUACAUGGGAGAGGUUGUGGAGUUCUGGGAGGAGUCCUGCUAUCGCUUGCCGAGGUGCCUGCAAGGCGACCUGACCUCCAAGCGCAUUUUGGAGAUCCUUGUGUACGUUAAGGACACCUACCGUCCGAUAUCCAUCCCCGUGAUAUGCGACGUCCUCGAAGGGGAGAUCGUAUUCUCCUUGAAUCAACCUAUCACACAGCACGUCCUCACCGCCAUGCCUAGCCCGAGCAAGCGGCAGUACACUCCUCCGCCUUUCGACUACUACACGCUCGAGUUCGACACGUUCUUCCCUCCGCAUCUGUACGACGCGAACGCGAUCCACCUCCCUCUCCCCCUUCGCCAGAUCCCCAUCUUCAAGGACGGCAGAGUCACCAUGGCGGGCCACCCGUCGAAGUACGCCUUGGGGACUCUGACGCCCCUGCCCAUGUGCUGGAUGAAGGCCAACAUGCACGACUACGAGUGGAUCUGGCCGUCCGACAUGCCCAAGGAGCGCGUCUUCACGCAGAGCGCGUGGCUCCCGAUUCCAUUCCGGAACCACGCCCAAAUGUUGGCGGCGCCCAUGUCGGAGGAGCCCCCGGUGCCGGCUCUCCUAUCUCGCUUUACAAUGGCUGUGUCGCGCAUCAACCCGCAACUGCUCAACCUCAUGGGCCAGAACAAACCGGUUUCUUUUCGGGGAAUCUCCGAGCGGGGCCUGGUCAAGCUAUGCCCGUUCGACUCUGGGAUCGCGCACGUUACGGUGAUGUGCCUGGGGCACGGGCAUAUAGGGGAGCUUUUCGAUUGGUGCCCCCUGUACUACCACACCCGCUGCGUUAUGCGCCCGUCCAACGGCUUCCUGCAGCCGACGUUCGAGCUGCAGAUCGAGAUGCUCAAGGACAUCUACGACGUGUCCGUGUUCGCCGGCCCCAUCCCGCUGGAUGGGUUCAUCUUUAUGGGGGCGUACCACGGGUUCUACGACAACCCGACGACGGUCCCCCGUCUGUUGAGGAAACCUGGGCGCAAUGAGCGGGCGCCGAAGGCGGCGGUAGUUGAAUGUCUCUUCUUCAUAAGCAACGAUUUUGGCCCGAUGUCCGUCCCGCUUUUGUGCGAGAUCGACGCUCUCGGGCUGGAGAUGGAAAUUGCCGGGCUGGACGAGCAACCUCUGCUGCAGCAGAUCUUCCCCGGUCAGGACCUCGGGGAGAACCCCGGCUUCAGGGCGCACGGUCUGGGUUACGACGGGUUCGAUAUGUACAACCUCGCACUGGAGACGUUCUACCCUCUCUGCCGCGAGGAAGGCAACUACCCCAUACGCUUCAAGCUGCCUUUGCGGCAGUUCCCCACCUUCAAGUUGCCGCACGUUAACACCACCGUCCUCGUCAACAGCUACGCCAGAGGCGCAGCCCCCCUGAAACCGAUGUGCUCCAUGAAGCACCGGUUCAUGAACCUCGACUUCGUCUGGCCGGUCGACCUUCCUCAAGGCCCUCGCAUGUACAUGGACGCGGACUGGAGCGUGGUGGACAUGGGGGCCCCACAGGGCGUUAUCGCGGUGAGGGCACAGCCGGGAGAGGCGGGGUGCGUGGUCCUACCAGGGCUCCUGCCGGAGCCGGAGCUUCAUGCGCAUGAGGCCGAGGGUACGGGCGAUGGAGACGGCGGGGACGAGGACACGGAUAACGACGGUGCGGACGACUAUUUCGACUGGGACGAGUAUAGGUACAUCGGGCAGGAUUAA